AUGUCAACGAGAAUAUAUCGUUUAUGGCAACCCGGAAAUCCGAGCAUACGAGUGUUUUUGCCUGACUUCUGGAUGAAAGUAGUCGAUCCUUACCCUGUUCGUUUACCUAAACAUGUUGUUAAAUUCGAAGUUGACAAAAGGAUGACGAGACACGAUGUUAGGGAAUAUUUGGAGAAAAUAUACAAUCUCCCAAUUCGUGAAGUGCGCACCUUGGUAAAAACCGGUCAAAUAACGUAUGAUUUUCCGCUCGAUAAAGAAAAGCGAAGAGCCUUGUGGAAAGAAGACGAUAAGAAAUAUGCAUACGUUUUUAUGAGGAAAGGAUUCAAUUUUCAAUUUCCAAAUAUAUUCGAGAAAUGUGAAGAACAAGAAAUGUGGGAUAAGAUGAAACAAAAGAUGCCGGAUGUAACAAAUGCCGAGUAUAUUAAUCGCGAUCGCGAUGGCGUGGGGAGAUUCAUACCUUAG